CAUCAACACUUAGUAUUUGUAAUUUUGCAAUUUUUUCAUUGAUUGUGAUUUUGUUAUAAAUGUGAAAAAAUAUUAGCAAAAUAUUGAUGAUAACAGAAUGUCGCAAGUAGAUUUUGCACUUAGCCAAGUAUGCCGCGUUUGCGGUGGCUGUGAAAAUCUUAAAUAUAUUGAAGAUAUGGGAGAGUUUUUUCUGGAGAAGCUAAGGGUGUGCACAAGUAUAAUUAUACUGAAAAACGAUCAAUUACCAAAACAUAUUUGCGAAAAAUGUGAACAAAACGUUGAAAUAUCUUAUCGACUGCGUAAGCAGGGGGAGAUGACACAAAUACGCUUAAAAUUGCAAUUAGAAAAAUCUGUUGAAGAAAAUAAUGUCCAAACCACAACAAUAGAUGUGAAAAAGGAUCUAGUUAAUAGCAACACAUCAAAUAAUGUACAAACAGCUAAACCUGUGGUGUUGACCUUCUCGGAAGAUAAUGUCGAUGAAAUUUACGAGGAACGGUUUUUUGCUGAUUUUAUUGAAGAAGAAUCAGAAUAUUUUACUUGUGAUGAUGAGAUAAUAAAAGUGGAAAAAUUGGAUGAAGCAGACAUACUUGAGUCUGUAUCACCAUCACCAACACCAUCUACUGAAAAUGCCAAUAAUAAGACUGAAAAAGUGUUUAUGUGUAAAACUUGCGACCAGUUCUGCGAAUCAUUUGCUGAAUAUCUUAGUCACAUCAAGGAACACGGUAAUGAUGGAUAUGCUUGUGAAGAGUGCGGCAAAUUUUUCUUAAAAGAAGCAUCCCUCACAAAACAUAAGGAAAUUCACAAAAAAAGAGAAUCAUAUCCUUGUCCUGAAUGUGGCCGCCUUUAUAAUAUUGCCUACAAUUUAACGCGUCAUAUACGCUCUGCACAUGAAAAUAUACGCAGAUACUGUUGCACAGUAUGUUCAGAGAAAUUUUGUCGUCCUGAUAUUUUAAAAACUCAUAUGCUCAUCCAUAAGACGGAUCGAAACUUUCCAUGUACGCAAUGUACCUCAAGUUUUAAAUCGGAACGGUAUUUGAAAUCUCAUAUGAAAAGACAUUCCAAUUCAAAACAGACAAGCAACAUAACAAAUUGCCCGUCAAAAAAAGUGCUAAUUGGUGAUAAAAAAGUUUAUCAUUGUACUAUUUGUGGGAAAAUCUCGAAACACCAUUUUACUCAUAAAAAUCAUUUACUGACUCAUACUAUGGAACGUCCACAUCCUUGUACACUUUGUAGUAAGACGUUCCGUACGAAUGCUGCGCUGACAACUCAUCUACGUAUACAUACCGGUGAGAAACCUUAUCAAUGUGAUAUAUGCUUCUCACGGUUUCGACAAAAGCCGCAUCUACAGGAACAUCGCUAUAAACACGAAGGAAUUUUACCUCAUGCUUGUGACUUGUGUGAUGCAAAAUUCAUAAAAAAAUCAAAUUUACGUUGCCAUCGCCAAACACAUUUCACAAAUCGAAUACAUAAGUGUUCAAAAUGUAACAGGCAAUUCACAAGAGUAUCAUUAUUAAGAGCGCAUAUCAGAGAGGAGCAUAGUGACCAUAGCUCGAAGAAACUAAAAGCAGUAAAACAAGUUAAAAUGAAACCUAAGGAAGAAUUUUUCAUCAUGGUUGCUAGUGAUGAUGAAAAAAAUGAAUUAGAAAUUUAUGACGAACCAAAUAACGAACUGCAGCCAAUCCCAAUUAAUAUUAUGAAAAGCAAAGUUGAAUAUGAAAAUGAAAACUUACCUCAAAUAAGUUUUGCCACCAAUAAUAUGGAAAACCAAAAUAGCCAGUAUGAAAUCGUAGAAGAAGAACUGGAUGAAAAUAUUGAAUAUAUUUUAGAGGAAACUGAUAGUGAUAUAGAUAGUAGUAUGGGAGCAAUUUUGAUUCCAAAUAGUUCAACCGAUAAUGCUAUCAGCGAAGAUGGGAAUGUUGUUUGGGUAACUGAUGUACAAAACGAAACUAUUGAAGGAGAUAAGUUAGGCAAUUUAUUCAUUAUACGAGAUAUCUCAAAUUAUAAUUUAUAAACC